UAUAGUUAUGUAGGUAUAUAAAACAUUGUUAUAAUAAUUUAGUUAGUAUAGUAUACUACAUAAUUCAACACAAUGUCAAAAAUUAUAAUUGUAUUAUUGCUCUCAAGUUUAGCCCUCAUUAAUGCGGUUCCCAACAUUACUGGCAUGCAAUUGUUAAAUGACGGGUCAUAUUUACUAUUGAACGGUAAUACUCCAGUUGCCCGAACCCAACCGGGACGUGUUAUACAAGGACCCAACGGUCCGGUAAAUACUGGUAAUCCACAACCGGUUCCGGCAGGUGCUGACAAUCUUCCCCGAAUUACUUGGCAAUACCCCAACAGUAACGGUGGAAAUGUACUCUAUUCUGGCAAUAAUCCAGUUGCUGUUCUGCCGACCGGAUAUGUUAUUGUUCCUCCCACUAACCAGGGUUAAUUAUUUUAAUUUCUAUAUUAUGUAUUAAUACAAAAUAAAYUCUGUUUUAUSAUAUAAUUUAUGUYUUUAAAAA